UGGAAUCCAAAAUCAUCAUAUCCUCCCACACAAAAUCACAUCACUUCCUCUCUCUACACACACUCUCUCUCUACAUUCUCUGCACAAUGAGAAAUCCCUGAACUUGAAUAAUCUUGAACCCAAAUCAAACAAUGAUUUCUGCAGAAUUCUCACCAACAUUCUUCCCCUUCAACUCUCACCCCAAACACACUGCAGUUUCCCACUACCAUUGCUCUGUUAUAACCUGCAGAAACCCUAAUCCCAACCCCAACCAAAACCCUAACAGCAAAACCUCUUCAAAUGUCAAACUUUCCACCAAUCUAAACUCAACCCAGUUGCAAACCCGCAACUAUAAAGAAACCCAUUUCAUCAAACUGCUUAACAGAUCCUGUAAAGCAGGAAAAUACGAAGAAUCACUCAAUUUUCUAGAGGCUAUGGUUGGUAGGGGGUACAAGCCUGAUGUCAUCCUUUGUACAAAGCUUAUUAAGGGUUUGUUUAACUCGAAGCGGGCCGAAAUGGCCCUCAAGGUUAUUCAGAUACUCGAGAGUUAUGGCGAACCGGAUGUGUUUGCGUAUAAUGCAGUGAUCAGUGGGUUUUGUAAGUUGAAUCAAAUCGAUUCGGCUAAUCAAGUGUUGGACCGGAUGAAGAAUCAUGGGUUUUCGCCAGAUGUGGUUACUUAUAACAUUUUGAUUGGGAGUUUGUGUAGUAGAGGGAAGUUAAGUUUGGCUAUGAAGAUGUUGAGACAGUUGCUGGAUGAUGAUUGUAAUCCGACGGUGAUCACGUACACGAUUUUGAUCGAGGCGACGAUUCUUGAAGGGGGGAUCGAUGAAGCGAUGAAGCUUUUGGAUGAAAUGUUGGAUAGAGGGCUGCGGCCUGAUAUGUAUACGUAUAAUGCGAUAAUUCGAGGGUUAUGUAGAGAAGGAAUGAUGGAUGAGGCUUUCGAAUUCGUUAGAAGUUUACCGUCGAAAGGGUGUAAACCGGAUGUGAUCUCGUACAACAUUCUGUUACGAGCAUUGUUGAAUCAACGAAGAUGGGGUGAUGGAGAGAGGUUAAUGACGGAAAUGUUUUCGAGAAAAUGUGACCUGAACGCGGUUACUUACAGCAUUUUGAUCAGCUCGUUGUGUCGCGAUGGGAAGGUAGAUGAAGCUUUGAGUAUGUUGAAGAUCAUGGUGGAAAGUGGACUUACGCCGGAUGCGUUUACGUUUGAUCCUUUGAUUUCGGCUUUUUGUAAAGAAGGUAGACUCGACGUCGCGAUUAGUUUCUUGGAUUACAUGAUAUCGAGCGGUUGUUUACCCGAUAUAGUAAAUUACAACACGGUUUUAUCGGCUUUGUGUAAAAAUGGAAAUGCAGAUGAAGCAAUGCAGAUUUUUGAAAGAUUAGGGGACACAGGGUGUCCACCUGAUGUAAGUACUUAUAACACAAUGAUAAGCGCUUUAUGGUAUAAUAAAGAGAAGGAAAAGGCGUUAAAUAUGGUUUCGGAGAUGAUAAGACAAGGAGUCGAACCGGAUGAGAUCACGUAUAAUGCGCUUAUCUCGUGUUUAUGUAGAGACGGGUUGGUAGAUGAGGCAAUCGGGCUGUUGGAAAGUAUGGAAAAUAACGGAUUUAUACCCACCGUUAUAACUUACAACAUUGUGCUUCUUGGAUUGUGUAAAGCUCAUAGAAUCGACGAGGCGAUUCAUGUUUUGGACGAAAUGGUCGAAAAGGGUUGCAAACCGAACCAAACGACCUACAUUUUGCUAGUGGAAGGGUUCGGGUUCUCAGGCAAGAGAGCCGAGGCUUUGGAUUUGGGUAAUUUGUUAUUCAAAAUGAGAGCGAUUUCAGAAGAAUCGAUCAAACGGUUGAAAAAGACUUUCCCAUUGCCAGAUUCUCAAGAAUACUUGUACUAAGAAGUAUUUUGGAGUUUAAAGAACAAAUGGUCUACAAAGGUAUGCCAUUUACGAAGGUUUUAUCGAAGAACAAGCCGAAAUUAAACAAGAACCAUUAUACUUUACCAGUUUUCGUGUAUUUAUUUGAAGAAAACAAGUAGAUAUCGACAUUAAUCUACUGAAAUUAACAUUCUUUUGCAGUUCAACAUAUCGAAAAUGACAAAUACGCAUAAAAAACUUC